AUGGCGAUGGCCGGAGGUGUGUAUGAUCGUCUCCGUCUGAUCGCCUUCUUUGCCUUCCUCCUCAAUACACAUGGUGCGACGGCGGUGACGUUCACCUUCCGCAACAACUGCCCGGAGACAGUCUGGCCGGCGACGCUGACCUCCAGCGGCCCCGCGUUCCCGACCACCGGCUUCGCCCUGGCGCCGGGCGCCUCCGUCUCCUUCCCCGGCGUGGGCGCCACGUGGUCGGGCCGUGUGUGGGGCCGCUACCGUUGCACCGCCACGCCCCCCGGCGCGCGCUUCUCCUGCGAGUCCGGCGACUGCGGGACGGGGCAGGUCGCGUGCGGCGGCGCCGGCGGCGCCCCGCCGGCCACGCUGGCCGAGUUCACCCUCGGCGGCGCCAGCGACUUCUACGACGUGAGCAACGUCGACGGCUUCAACCUGCCCGUGGACAUCGAGCCCGCGGCCGGCGCCGGCGGGCGAUGCCAGCGGACGUCGUGCCCGGCGGACAUCAACCGGGUGUGCCCGAGCGAGCUGGCGGCGAGGAACGGCGGCGGCGCGGUGGUGGGCUGCAAGAGCGCGUGCCUGGCGUUCGGCAGCGACGAGUAUUGCUGCCGCGGGCGGUUCGCGUCGCCGGCGACGUGCAGGCCGAGCGGGUACUCGAGGCUGUUCAAGGCUCAGUGCCCGCAGGCCUACAGCUACGCGUACGAUGACGGGAGCAGCACCUUCACCUGCAACGGCGGCGUCGACUACCAGGUCACCUUCUGCCCGGGCUCCGGGACGAGCUAGGAGCCACGCCGUGCCCGUGCUGCCGGCCGAUCACGGGCACAACUUGUAAACGGAGGGGUCGUGUGUUCAUGUCGAAAU